CCAAGACUCCACAGGAUGCAGUGGAGGAAGGUGCUUGGAAGGGUGGCGGGGGCUGCCGCCCUCUUGGGGCUAGGGAUCAUCCUGGGCCACUUUGCCAUCCCCAAGGGAGCCAACCCGCCAGCACCCAGUGCCUCAGCCUCCCAGGACCUGGACCCAGCGAUCCUUGAGACCAUCAUGGGGCAGCUGGACGCCAGCAGGAUCCGGGAGAAUCUCAGAGAGCUCUCCAAGGAGCCACACCUGGCCUCCAGCCCCCAGGACGAGGCGCUGGUGCAGCUGCUGCUGCGGCGCUGGCGGGACCCAGAGUCAGGUCUGGACUCGGCGGAGGCGUCCACCUAUGAAGUGCUGCUGUCCUUCCCCAGCCAGGAGCAGCCGAACCACGUGACCGUUGUGGGUCCCAAUGGGACCAUCCUCUUCUCCUGUCGCCAGAGCGAAGAGAACCUGACUGGGGAGCAGGGGGGGCCUGAUGUGGUGCCACCCUAUGCUGCCUACGCCCCCCCCGGAACCCCACAGGGCCUCCUCGUCUACGCCAACCGGGGCUCAGAAGACGACUUUAAGGAGCUACAGGCUCAGGGCAUCCAACUCAAAGGCACCAUCGCCCUGACCCGCUACGGGGGUGUAGGACGCGGGGCCAAGGCUGUGAACGCUGCCAAGCACGAGGUGGCUGGGGUGCUGGUGUACACGGACCCCGCAGACGUCAAUGAUGGGCGGAGCAUGCCCAAUGAGACCUUCCCGCACUCCUGGCACCUGCCUCCCUCUGGGGUGGAACGAGGCUCCUACUAUGAGUAUUUUGGGGACCCCCUCACUCCCUACCUUCCAGCCAACCCCUCUUCCUUUCGCCUGGACCCAGCCACUGCCUCCGGAUUUCCCCCAAUUCCCAUUCAGCCCAUUGGCUUCGAGGAUGCCAAAGUCCUUCUCUGUAACCUCCAAGGACCCUCAGCCCAGGCUGACUGGCAGGGAGCACUGGGCUGUGACUACAAGUUGGGCCCGGGCUUCGAGCCUGGCGGUAUGUUCGCAGGCAGCCAGGUGAACCUGAGUGUUCACAACCGCCUGGAGCUGCGGAACUCCUCCAACGUCCUGGGGAUCAUCCGCGGGGCUGUGGAGCCUGACCGCUAUGUGCUCUAUGGAAACCACCGCGACAGCUGGGUGCACGGGGCCGUGGACCCCAGCAGUGGCACUGCUGUCCUCCUGGAGCUCUCUCGCGUCCUGGGGACCCUGCUAAAGAAGGGCACCUGGCACCCCCGCAGAUCAAUCGUGUUUGCGAGCUGGGGGGCAGAGGAGUUUGGGCUCAUUGGCUCCACAGAAUUCACGGAGGAGUUCUUCUGCAAGCUGCAGGAGCGCGCCGUGGCCUACAUCAACGUAGACAUCUCGGUGUUUGCCAACGCCACCCUGAGCGCGCGUGGGACACCCCCGGUCCAAAGCGUCAUCUUCUCCGCAGCCAAACAGAUCCCCGCACCAGGCCCGGGCAGCCUCAGCAUCUACGACAACUGGAUCCGGUAUUUCAACCGCAGCAGUCCAGUGUAUGGCCUGGUCCCCAGCGUGGGCUCUCUGGGUGCUGGCAGCGACUACGCGCCCUUCAUUCACUUCCUGGGCAUCUCCUCCCUGGACAUCACCUACACCUAUGACCAGAGCAAGACCUCAGCCCGGACCUACCCCACCUACCACACAGCUUUCGACACCUUUGGUUACGUGGACAAGUUUGUGGACCCCGGCUUCAGCAGCCACCAGGCCGUGGCCAGGACGGCGGGGAACGUGCUUCUUCGGCUCAGUGACAGCCUCUUCCUGCCUCUCAACGUCAGUGACUACAGUGAGACCCUCCGAAGCUUCCUGCAGGCUGCCCAGCUGUACUUGGGGCCCCUGCUGGAGAAGCACAGCAUCAGCCUGGGGCCUCUGGUGACUGCAGUGGAGAAGUUCGAGGGGGCAGCUGUGGCCUUGGGCCAACGCAUAUCAGCGCUGCAGAAGGGCACCUUCGACCCCCUGCAGGUACGGAUGCUCAAUGACCAGUUGAUGCUCCUGGAACGGGCCUUCCUGAACCCUCGAGCCUUCCCAGAGGAACGCUACUAUAGCCACGUGCUCUGGGCUCCUCUUAACAACUUCCUGGAUACGUUCCCAGGCCUGGCCAAUGCCUUUCUCAGGGCCAUCGACACAGACCCAGGAUCUGCGGCCUGGGCUGAGGUGCAGAGGCAGCUCAGCAUUGUGGUGGUGGCCCUGGAGGGUGCAGCAGCCACCCUGAGGCCCGUGGCUGACCUCUGACCCCAGCCCUCCUCCCUCAGCUCGCCACUACCCCCCCUUUAUCUGAACCCUCUCCCCACUCAUUUUCUUUGGGUGUCCCAGUCUUCCCUGAUGCCAAGGGAGGUCACACUCUGGGAUCCUUUCCAGCUUCUGGGGCAACAGCUCAGGGCCCUACCAGUUGUGGUCACCUGAGGGGAGUGACAAGCCCUGAAUGAAUCUCCCUCAUCCUGGCUUUUGGUUGAGAGGGUAGAGAAAAGGAGGCAGGGAUGGUGGGAAUGGCAAAGCCCUCAGUUGCUCUUGGUGGUGGGUGGGUGAGGACAG